AACUUAACUUCCGGUUUGAUUCAGGCUCCGUAGAAUGUUUUUCGGCUUUAGGCAGUACCCUUGCGCAGUGUCACAGUUAUCCUACGUCAUCCGUCAUUUUCUUCAACUGCACUUGCAAUUUGCAGUUCUAUAUCUCCGAGGGAUAUAUUUUGUUUGUCGUAUGUCCAUCCAGAAUCUCAACACAUUCGACCCCUUUGCAGAUGCAAUCAAGGGUUCAGAUGAUGAUGUCCAAGACGGUCUCGUGCAUAUAAGGAUCCAACAGCGGAAUGGUCGUAAGACCUUAACAACGGUACAGGGGCUUUCUUCUGAAUAUGACUUGAGAAAAAUAGUACGAGCAUGUAAAAAGGAGUUCGCCUGCAAUGGGACAGUAAUUGAACACCCAGAGUACGGGGAGGUGCUGCAGCUGCAGGGGGACCAGCGAGAAAAUAUAUGCCAGUGGUUAACAAAGUCAGGUCUGGCCAAACCUGACCAACUCAAAGUCCAUGGUUUUUAAUCGACAAACCACCCAUGCCACUAUAUAAGGCAAUUCCACAUUCAUCAAUAUAUAAUACCUUAUCAUCUUAAAUUAUCUGUAUCAGUCACUAUCACUUGUUGAUACUUCGUGGGAUACCUUAUUAUAUACACAUAUAUAUUUCAAUAAAAAAAAAAAAUAAAUAAAAUAAAAAAAACUAAAAAAAAAAAAACUAUAUAACACAGUACCGAGAUAUAGGCACAAUAUUCUAAUCAGACGUUUUUUCUAAGAUUUUAGGAAGCAAUAUUUUACCGCUUUAUGUUAGAUAAUCCAAUGAAGGUGUCACGCUUAAAAUAAUAGUGAUAAUAGUAGAAUUUUGAGAAGAUAAGUAUACAAAGGAUAGACAGAAAUAGCAACAGAUGGUUUGGUUCAGUAAUAGAUAGUAUGUAUCUGGGCGCUAUAGACGUGUUCAGAGAGAGAUUGAAAAGUAUUGUUACCUUAGGCUUCGAGAUUGGCUUCUUUAUGUAAUCAAGAAUGCGUUGGUUUAUACAUUAGGAAAAGCAAACUUGGUGUUUGCCCUCUUGGUGUCAUCUUUUUAAUUUUGUGCCUCUGAUUUUAUACAAAUUACAUUUUUGUUUUCUUUCUUUAUUUUUUUUUUUUUUUUUAAUUUUUUUUUCUUUUUCUUCAUUUUUUCUCAUUAUUUCUUAUUAUUUCUCAUUCUUUUUAAUUUUUUUUUUCUCAUUUUGUCUCCUUUUUUCUCCUUUUUUUUUCAUUUUUUUCCUCAUUUGUUAAAGAAUAAAUUUUUACUGUAACAAAUGUUAUUUCAAAUGUUAAGCUAUGUUUCAUAUUCUUUCUAAUGCGGUAAUUAACGAAAAUUUAUUGUUCACAAUAAAAAGAUGUGGCUGUUCUCUAAAGUAAAUAAAUAGUAAUUUGACUUGAGUUUUAUGCGUCCAUUUAUCUUAUUUUUUUUUUUUUAACCAUAUUACUGUUACUAAACUACUACUAUUACUACACUACUACUACAUAUUUGUAUCGUCUGAAAUAAUGAUAAGAUCGUGUAAAUUGUGUCUAUUUCACAUAAGUAUUUAGAAAAUUAAUUUCAAUAAACAACAAAGUUGUUAAUAUUAAUAAUUUAUAUGUAAUUUGAACUUUCCUCAAUCGUUGAAAAUAAUAUAACUUGCUUAAAAAAAUUCAUUAAGACUUAUUGUAUCCGUUUUCUGUUUGUAUUUGCUUAAGCAUCGAUCUAGUUUUAAAACACCAAUGUUUUGUAACUAUGAUGUUUUCCAAAAUAUAGUCAAUAUAUAAAUCA